CUGCGUGUAAAUAUAGCCGUGUUUUUCAUUCUUAGUUUCUUAUCAAUGUUAGGCGCGUGGUUGUGCUUUAUCAAUAUAACCCAAAUUUAGCGAAUAAUGUAAUAAAUCUACUCUGCAUGUAUACUUUGCAACAAAACUAAUCAACUAAACAAUAAACAUGUGGAAGAAACGGAACGCAAUAAUUCUUGAACCUGAACAGCCGGAAAAACUACACAUCCAGUUAACACAUUAUAAGCAAAAAUGGAAUUGGGACUGUGGUGUGUCUUGUGUUUUGAUGGUACUGCCGAAGAAGAAGAGAGAAGAGUUGUUGGAAAACUUUUCGCAAAUUUGCAAAAAUGAAGGAUUUAACAAAAGUACCUGGACCAUAGAUCUCUGUUACCUACUUAAAAGAUUCGAUGUGCCACAUAUUUUUUAUACAGUAACGUUAGGUGUUCAUGAAGGAUACAGGGGAAAUAGCUUUUAUACUAGUAUUUUAAGCAAGGAUGAAAAUAGAAUAAACACUAGAUUUAAAGAAGCAGAACACGCUGGAGUAUUCGUAAGAAAAAAGUCUGUCUCAAUUUUAGAUAUUAUAGCUCACCUAAUAAACGGUCCUGUGAUAGCACUAACGAAUGCACGAAUUCUGAGUUGUGAUAUUUGCAAACUCAACAAAAUUUCAAGCGAAUUUCGUAAAUGUAUUCCUUGGCCAGCUACUUAUCAAGGACAUUACAUCGUUAUUUGCGGUUAUGAUGUUCCUACAAGGAAAUUUUUUUAUAGGAACCCAUCGUUUAGUGAUCGUGUUUGUAUAAUUCCAAUGGAUAUUUUUGACUUAGCCCGAAAAAGUUACGGAACAGAUGAAGACAUUAUUUUUAUCGAUACUUGACGUAUACAUGACAAAGCUUUCUGUAACAAAUAUAAUCGAUGUUGUUUGUUGUAUACUGCUCCCAAAUUUUGUGAAUUUUUUUUCUACGGUUUUUGAUACUAAAAUUGUGAUUUUAAUGUUGCUACGAAAUAUACAUUUUUAAAAUGA